AUGAGGAAUGAGGAGCAAAAUGAAGGUGGCAAUGAUCCAAUUGCUGAUGCGGAUAAUGGACAAUUAGUGGAUACUUAUGAUGAAAAUGAGGAUGGACCAGGCAAAAAUUACGGUACCUCUUUGUGCUUAUUUAAAAAAAUUAUUUAUUUAAAAAAACUCAAAAUUCCAAUUUCUGGCGUCAGUUUUUUCGGCCCCAAAAUUGGAAUUCUCAAUUUUUCCGAAAAAAAAGAUGAAUUCGAAAAACGUGAAAAAUGUACUCGUGGAGAAAUUUAAGUAUGUCUGUAGUCAUUCAAAAAAAAAAUUUUUUCUAGAUCUUACUGCCCAACGAUGCCAGGAAACCGCGCGAAUGGAAUUGAAGAGCCUAUAGCUCAAUGGAUUGGAGGCAGCGGUUCGACUGGAGAACUUAAUGUUCAACCGAAAGUUGUGGAAGUAGCGGGAGAAUUGAUUGAUUUAGAUGCCACCGCAACUUCCCACUCUCAAAAUCGAGAUGGACCUCGUUCGUCAACCGAAUAUGUGAGUUUUUUUUAAAAUUUCAAACAAAAAAAUGUCAUGUGAAAAAAAUUUCGAGAAAUGAUCAUUUUUCCAGGAAACGGCGGACGAUCGUUCGUUCACUCAAAGAACCGGCUCAUCUGAAUACUUUGACGCCGAAUCAACGAUUCAACCCAACGAGGCUGAGGCUAUGGAAAUUUGGAAUGGAGUUGGAAUUGGCAGAGUCGGAACGGAGCCGACUGAGAAUCAGGCUGAAAUUGAGCCAGAUAUUUAUGAUUAUAUAGAAGUGGACGAUGAGGAUAGAACCAUCGGGGGAUCUAAGAUUCGAGAUUGUUCAACAAUUUCUCAAGGUGAACCCGAUGAAACGCCCAUGGAAAUUGAUAUAAUCGGAUCGAAUUAUGAAAAUGAUACAGUUGGAGCUGAAGUUGAUAUAGAUUAUACUCCUUCCGUUAUUGCCUGUAUACACGUCACUUGA